AUUCUGACUCCACCCUCCACCCGCUUUGACGAGAACAACAUCAGAAGGAGUGAUAAAUAUCCCACAAUAAUCAACACAAAUAUCUGCAGGAGAUAAAAGUAUAUUUAGAGCAGCUUUUCCAGAGCUGAUUUUCAUUAAAUGUCGGUUUAGACACAUUGAAGGGAAUUUGGAACUCUCCCUGGAGCUGCUUCUUCUAGGCUAAAUAAAAAUGCAGCUUUGCUCUACUUUAUUCAGGCACUCGUCAAACUGUUGAUCUCACUGCUGAGUGGAUACGGGCUUUUGGAGCACCAGUCAGGAGGACUCAUCAUACGAAAAAACAACAGGACGUUGUUUGAUUUUUGUUGGGAAUCCGGAGCCGCAUAGAGUGCACCAUGUAGUUUAAAGACGUUGGGCUUACCCAAUGAAAUCCAUCAGUUCUCUUUGGCCUGCCCCUCCCCUCCGAGGUGAUAAACAGCGACAUUUCAGACUCCGAGAAAAGUGAGCGGAUAAGAGUCUCGUGGGAGGAUGAUGAGAGAGACGUGACCAGGGACAGAUUGAGGAAGAGUUCGGGUUAGCUGCUGCUGCCUGGUGAUAGUCUGAUCCUCCAGAACCACUAUUAAACCACUGUGGACAGCAAUACGACUUCUUCCCCUCCAGAUCAUCUUGGCAAUUUUUUUUUAAGUCAACACAACUUCUGUUAAGUAAUUGUUGCUCAGAACUGGAUUUGGGAAGCUAAGGUUCCUGCUACUUUUCUGAUGGUAGCAAGCAUCAUUGUUACUGUCGGUGAGGGAUCUGCAGCAGGCUCAAAAUGCCAGUAUGCCUAUUACUCAGGACAACGCCUUCAGCAUUCUCCUGCUGCUGGAGGACUGGCACAGGGCUCAGAUGGUGAGAUCUAACAACACUGACAACAUAAAAGAAGACAGUUUGGAAUACAAGGAUGAAGAGUACCACAAUGGAGAAGAAGACAGUUUUUGUGGCAGUAUUCAGUUGGAUGAUCUGCCCUUGUGUCUGGCUGCAGCUCAGAAAUUGGUGGAGUAUAUUACGUUCAAUUUCAUGGAGAGUGACACAGCUCUCUUUGCUACAAGCUCCUGUUGUAGGAAGGGACUUGAUGUCGAAGUUCAUGCUGUUUUCUUCAGAAAAAGUGAGGACGAUCCUGUUGAAUUUGGCCUGAGCUUUGGGAACAUCCCUAUUUUUGGGGAUCCUAAUAUCAGAAAAAAAGGCUCUUCAAGGAAAAAGAGAGAGGAGGGCCCCAUCGUCGACGUGGGCUGCAUCUGGGUAACAGAGGUGAAAAAGAAAAGCCCAGCAGCCUGUUGUAGGUGUAUCAAACUCAGAGAUGAAUUGCUGUCAGUAAAUGGACAACUGAUGGUGGGAGUUAAUGUCAGUGGAGCCAGCUACCUGGUUGAUCAGUGCUGGAAUGGCGGUUGCAUUUAUUUGAUCCUUUUGCGUCACAUCAAGCGAAAGGCCCCUCUCCCUCCUUGUGUCAAGGGAAGUUUCACUAUUCCUAACAAGAUGGAUCACUGUCAAACCCAGCAGGACAUAACUGAUUUUGAAGUGGUGAACUGCAAACGUACACGCAAAUUUGGGGUGAUAUCACAAUCCUCUAACCAAGGCUACAACGAAAGUACUGGAUCACAGAUCCAAACCAGAAAUCGGUACUCCCUUCUUAAUACUGAUGCAGAAGUCAGUUCUUCACUAGAAGAGUGCAGUCCAGACUUGUCUCCUCAGACUAAAACUAUUCAUUCAUACAAUGGAUCUGCUGGAACUCUGCCGGGGAGAAGUCACAGUCAGAUGUUGGAAUGCAAAAUGCAAUCCUUCACUAGUGAAGCUACUACCCAGCUGAGAGAGGGCAGUCACAUCUGGAAGAUGCAUAUGGUGAAAGGUCAUGAGGGUCUUGGAAUACAAAUAACAGGGGGACGUGGCUCCAAGCGCUCUUCUCAUGGAAUUAUUAUCGCUCAUAUAGAGAAAGGAGGCGCUAUUCACAGGGAUGGACGUCUUCAUGUUGGUGAUGAACUACUGAUGGUUAAUGGUCAGUCUCUAGUGGGUCUCACACAUCAAGAGGCUGUUUCCGUCCUUCGCUCCACUACUGGUCUUGUCCAAUUGGUGAUAUCAAGUCAGGAGGAGUCAAAAGUGGAUUUUGAACACUUUCCCUCCACAAGCCUUCCGGACCUCAUCAGCACCUGCAGAUCCUCUUCAUCCCAGUUUCAGGCUGCACCCCCCAGCUUUUCCUAUGGGACCUUCAGUAGCACCACUGGUCUUAACAAUUCCUGCCUGUUAUCACCGCUGGAGAACCCAGAGGACUUCCAUCAGGGGAAGGCAUCAGAAACAUGCCGCUGCAGUCCUACACCUAUGAAGCUAUCCUGCCAAUCCCAAGGUGGCAGCAGUUGUCUGGAAUCAGUGGGCGAGGAUGAUGAGCUGUUUGUGGAGAGCAUCAUCAGCGGCAGUGAAGUGGCAGAGAAACCUCUAUCUGGUCGACGCAAACACUCCUUACCUCAUCAGCUGGAUAGUGCUAGAGUCAGACAGGAACAUCAGAUAAUUAAGAAAUCAGCCCGCUCCAUGAGCACUGUUGAAGAAGAGUCUCUAUGGCGACUGGCACAGCCGUCUAUUAUCUCCAGCAUAGUGCUGAUGAAAGGCCAGGGGAAGGGCCUUGGCUUCAGUAUUGUUGGUGGGCAGGACUCAGCACGUGGCCAUAUGGGCAUUUUUGUCAAAACAAUUUUUCCUCACGGAGCUGCUGCAGCUGACGGGCGACUGAAAGAAGGAGAUGAGAUUUUGGAGGUAAAUGGAGAAUCACUCCAAGGACUCACACACCAACAGGCCAUCCAGACCUUCAAGCAGCUGAAAAGAGGGGUUGUGACCCUUACAAUUCGCACCCGUCUGCGCAGUCCCGGCCUAACUCCAUGUGCAACCCCAACCCUACCCAGUCGCUCCAGCUCAUCCAACUCUUACACUGAUGGGGGCACACCUGUCCCAUUAGGCGUGAAAGAUGUUGAAGGCCACAAGGGUCCUGGUCUAGGUCCAAAAGACUGCAUCGUCAUGGAGGUUACUCUUAAUAAAGAACAUGGAGUUGGUCUGGGGAUUGGAGUCUGUUAUCUGAUGCUGGAGAACUCUGUUCCUGGUAUCUAUAUCCACAGCUUAGCUCUUGGGUCCAUUGCCAAGAUUGAUGGAAGGCUCAGUCGUGGAGAUCAGAUUCUGGAGGUGGACUCUGUCAGUCUUCGUCAUGCUGCACUUAGUGAGGCUUACGCUAUUCUCAGUGAAUGUGGACCUGGUCCAGUCAGUCUCAUUAUAAGCAGACAUCCAGACUCCAAGGUAUCAGAGCAAGAAAUGGAUCAAAUUAUUGCUCAAUCAACCAAUAAGGACAAUGUGUUCAGAAAUAGACCCUCCUCUCAUUGCCAAGGUCAGUCUUGUAAAAGCCGUCGGGCAGAUGUAAAGUCCAAUGAGGAGGACAGCCCCUCUGCUCUCAGCUGGACCAUGAAGAGGUUCCUUGAGCCUGUCAGCAGAGGAUCCCUGAGCUCUGAGACAGAACUAUCUGAGUUCUUCCCUCAUGAGGUUCCUCUGGCCACAUCUGGGUCUGUUCUGAAGAGCUCAAACAGUGGUCAAGGGCUCCACCAGCUGGGCAGCAGAGCCUCAACAUAUGGCCCACUACAAUCGCAAGAAUGCAGCACCUCUGUGACAGAUGUUAACCACAGCCCUGGAUGCACAACAUCACACAACAAGACUUCUGUCCCUUUACAUCAACAUACAGAGCCCCUUUGCCAUGCCCUCGCUGAUUCCAGUACCAUCUCAAUGCGGAGCCCACUUCUCUGCCAACGAAAGGUCAUACACUCAGAGGAUGAGUUCAGUGACGAUGAGGCAUCAGAUAAAGCUGAAAACACUGAACCACUGACCCAGCAACAAAAACCCACACCUGCACACUUACCACAGAUGCUAUCUAACUCCAUACCAAGUGGAGAAGAGAUAGCAACAUGGCUGAUGCCCAGACAGCUCUUUGAAAGGGAAGAUUUCAGAGGUUUUCACACUGUUAUCUUAAAGAGAAAAGAAGAAGAGACAUUUGGGCUGGACCUGGAGAUUAUGUCAUCCCCUCUGAGAGUUAUGAUUGCUGGUUUAAAGCGUGACAGUGCUGCUGAAUGGGACUGUGAAACUAAACUCUGCCCCGGUGAUGAGAUUGUGAAAAUUGGAGGUAAACCAGUGAACUCCUCAAGCUACCAGGAAAUCUGUGAACUUAUGCACCAUCUUCCAGUGAAGCUGUCUUUGGAGGUGAGGCGAGCAACUUCAGUUUUCAUACAAAUCUAA